CAUAUUCCCAAGGCCUCUCUUACUGCCUCACAUUUUCCUGCCUUAGCAUGGUCCCAAUUCUGUCAGCUCUGAUGUUGACUGACCUCUCUAUUUAUUCCAACUCCAUUACUCCCCAAAACUGCAAAAACUCAUUUCAAUCUUCUCCUUCUUGAAAAAAUGUCUCAUCAAGGAUUUCUAGUUCUUGGAAUUAUUCUCUGCAUGAUCUCUUAUGUUUAUGGUUAUCGUUAUCGUUAUGGCAAUAAUCGCGGUUGGACUAAUGCACACGCAACCUUCUAUGGUGGCAGUGAUGCUUCUGGCACAAUGGGUGGGGCAUGUGGAUAUGGAAACUUGUAUAGUCAAGGUUAUGGGACUAAUACAGCAGCACUUAGCACUGCAUUAUUCAACAAUGGUUUGAGUUGUGGUGCAUGCUAUCAAAUUAAAUGUGCUAAUGACCCAAAAUGGUGUCUCCAUGGAUCCAUUGUUGUUACUGCCACUAAUUUCUGUCCACCUGGUGGUUGGUGUGACCCUCCCAAUCACCAUUUUGAUCUCUCUCAACCUGUUUUUCAACGCAUUGCUCAAUAUAGAGCUGGUAUUGUUCCUGUUGUUUAUAGAAGGGUAAGCUGUAGAAAAAGAGGAGGAAUAAGGUUCACAAUUAAUGGUCAUUCUUACUUCAACCUAGUUCUUGUGACUAAUGUUGGUGGUGCUGGUGAUGUGCAUUCUCUAUCCAUCAAAGGUUCAAGGACAAGAUGGCAAGCCAUGUCAAGAAAUUGGGGACAAAAUUGGCAGAGCAACUCUUUCAUGAAUGGACAAAGUCUUUCAUUUUUAGUCACUACUGGUAAUGGUCAUCGUAUUGUGUCAUUUAAUGUUGCCCCACCUAGUUGGUCCUUUGGACAAACCUACACUGGAAGACAGUUCCUCUACUAACCAACCCUUAAAUGCAUUUUCAAGAGAAAAAAAUAAGUCAUAGUUGAAUAGUUUAGAUAUGUCAAUUUAUAUAACACCGACACUUUAUAUUAAAAAUGUGUCUAAUAUUUAAUAUCACGUGUCUGUAAAAUAUCUAAGUAUAUAUAGCCAAUAUCAUAUUUAAGCAUAUGAACGCUAUUAUAUUAA